UUCCAUCGAGGCGGCUUGAGCGCAGAUCUAGGUUUACUAGAACAGCACGCACUUUGUGCUGUAGCCUCGGCUCGAGCCACCUUUCCAUAAAAAAACACAAAGAAAGGCGACUUUUAACCUCAAGCAUCGCUUCCGAUCCCUCCAGGAGAGUCGGCAGUGUCAUUUGGACAGUUGAUCAGCAGUUCGCAGAGGGUGUGUGCGCGCUCCCGGGCUGUAUUUCUGUGCCCGAGCCCCUCCUCCGGUUGGUUCGGCCGCUGGAGGUGGAUGUCGCUGGCAGAGAGUCUUCAGGACAGGACGCAACUAGGUAGAGCUGGCCGGGGAGGAGGAAAAAGACAGAAAUAGGCGAUGUUGAUGUCCUGUUUAUGGAGGCUGCGGGCAGGCUGCUGCUGCUGCUGAUAACAGUCCGGUGGCCUUGGCGGUGCUGUCAGGCUGAAAGGUGAAGGUAGUCCAGGAGCCGCAGGAGUAUUUUUAGAUCUCUUCUUUUGAGGUACACAAAAAUGUCGUCUCCAAGUCCGGGCAAGAGGCGAAUGGACACCGACGUGGUGAAACUCAUUGAGAGUAAACAUGAAGUCACGAUCCUGAGUGGACUGAAUGAGUUUGUGGUAAAGUUCCACGGACCUCCUGGAACACCGUAUGAAGGAGGCGUGUGGAAGGUUCGGGUGGACCUGCCAGAUAAAUAUCCGUUCAAAUCACCGUCAAUAGGUUUUAUGAACAAAAUCUUUCAUCCCAAUAUCGACGAAGCGUCAGGAACCGUGUGUUUAGAUGUUAUCAACCAGACAUGGACGGCUCUCUACGACCUCACCAACAUCUUCGAGUCCUUCCUCCCUCAGCUGCUCGCCUACCCCAACCCCAUCGACCCUCUGAACGGGGACGCCGCCGCCAUGUACCUGCACCGGCCAGAGGACUAUAAACACAAGAUCAAAGAAUACAUCCAGAAGUACGCCACAGAGGAGGCUCUAAAGGAGCAGGAGGAGGGCGGAGGCGACUCGUCCUCCGAGAGCUCCAUGUCGGACUUUUCCGAGGACGAGGCUCAGGAUAUGGAGUUGUAGUGAAGGCAGAACCGUCCUUCACCUCACAACGGACUAUCAUUUCCUAAAGAGCAGAAACUCAGUACUAUAUUCGUAUUUAAACAAACAGGACAAUUUUUUACAGUAACACGAGGAUUUUUAUUGCUACACAAGGUUUUGCAGUUUGGAAAAAAACAAAAAAAACAAACAAACCCCCCAACAAUGUUAUGUUUAGGAAAUCAUCACCAUCAGCUCCUCAUCAUCACUAUCAGCUCCGCACUCUUCCUCAUCAUCAGAAUGAAGUGUUGCUUUAUUUCAGCUGAUCUCAACACACGAUUUUCACGCUGCACUAUAAAACUGAUGCGGGACGGCACUCUACACGCUUUUACCACCUUUUUACUUUUGCCAUCAUUUCCUCUUUAAGGCAGAGCUGGGUGACUAAAACAGAAAGAGAGAUUUGAACUUGUUUUUUUUCCCCACUGCCACCUACGAGGAGCUGCAAUCAUCACAAUCACCGCUGCGAAAGGAUGGAAAAGCAGCAGCAGGCCACAGUGGGCUCAUGUUUUCGGUGUAGAGGCUGCAGACGGUCGUUCCAGGACUGCAGAAAGAUGCAGACGCAUCACACACUUUCUAUGCGCAUCAUCAGCGUGUGCAUGAAUCUCAUCCUUUGACGUGUUGUGUUGCUCCGAUGAUGCUCAGCAGGAAUCAGGGAGAGAGCGCCGUAAUCAAUAUCCUCUAUUUUCGAGCACCUCCUCCUCCUCUCCGUUUCAGGAAAGUGUUUGCCAUUCUGAGUAUCUUUGUGUGUUGUGGCAUGACACAGAAGUACAGACGAGGGUCAGUGGGGAUUGUCGUUGAACUUAACUCUGCCUAUUGCUUGUGUUGAACUGUCAUAGGUGUCUGACAUGCGUAGGGAUAGUUAGUUUCUUUGCAGGUGGUGAAUCCUAUCAUGAUGUAUGGUUUAAUACUUAUAUAAUGACAAAAGCUUUUCCUGUUCAAGAUGUGGAGCGUUAAAUCAUCUUCAUCUGCUGAAUUAACCCUUCCAAAGAAAAGUUGCCCCUCAUGGAAAUGUGUCCCAUUGCAGCGCUCUUUGUUUCACAUUGGUCACGUUUGCUGUUUCAUGCUGUCUGCAGCAUGUUUUUUUCCAAAAAUAUCGGGACCAAAAAUAUAAUUAUUUAACGUUCCCCCUAAAAGGUCGAACUCUAAAAUAAAAACUUUAAAACGUCUUGGCUUAUUGCAGCUGGGCUUCAUGCAUCUGUGGGCGACAGAGCGGUGAAGGUGUUGCUGUUUAAUGUGCUGAGCUCUGAAUGCACCGGGGAUCAGACAGGAGAGCAGGAAUGUGUCAACAUCAGAGCCAGUAAAAAAUGGGCCAUUCCUUGUUGUUUAAAGGUGAUUUAAUCAGAUCUCCUUAAACUCCUCUGGUUAGCUUUUGUACCAAAUAGACUGCAUGUUGGUGUUAGUCUUAGGACACGAUGUCUUCAAAUGCAACAGUAACAAAAAAAAACCCACUGUCCAGCCUCUCUGGAUGCCAUCAGGAUUCCUCGCUGCGUUUAUUUUCUUUUAUUAAUUCAACUCAUGUUUGACGCCUUUAAUUUGUCUGAAUGUUUUUAUUUUGAACUUUUAAGCCCUGUGUCCAGGAUACAGAUCCAAAAUAUUCCGAUUUUUAAAUGGCAAAAAUAAAAAAAAAUCAAUAAAUGUGCUUCCCUUGUAACUUGAAGAAAGAAAUAAACAACUAAAAACACGA